AGCCUGACAAAAUGCUUUGAUAUUUGAACAAUCCCAGACAGCGAUACUGUGUUCCCGUAUCUAGAUUGCAUUUGAUAGACUGAUCCAGGUGGAAAGACAGUGUAACAUACAGUAUGUCUGCAGACCAACAUCAUCAGCUAGGGGACAAGUCUACACUCAGCUGUCAUUUCUAUAUUCACAUGGCUUCUGACAGCAAUUUCAGGUGGCUUUAGCACAUAUAACAAUUUUUCCAACCCUCGGGGAAAGAGAAGGAAUUUCUACGCCAUCCAUAAACAUUUAAAGGAAUAAUCUAACUGUACGAUGACAUAGCAUCCCCUUUUCUCCCUCUCCUAGGGGAGGGUGUAAUCUUUAUGGCAACCCUUCUACAGCUAUAAACAAAGAUGACACAACAACAUACUUUAAUUCAACCUGAGAAGUUAAUAUUAACUAAGGACUUUACACCCAGCUUCAAAGAUUUGCCAGGUCUUUCUCAUAAUUGUUCUUGACUAAAAGAAGAGGGGAUCUAUCGUUGACAACAGAUUCUCCUGUUGUUUGUAUAAAUUUGGCGUUUGGCCAUGGCAGAAACAGAAACAGAGAGGAUUCAACUGAAGCGCGAGUUGGGUUUAGUCAGUGCUGUGUCAUUGGUAGCAGGAACCAUGAUUGGAUCGGGAAUAUUCAUGUCCCCUCAGUUUGUGCUGUCUUACAUUGGAAGUCCAGGGGCAAGCCUGAUCAUUUGGGCAUUGUCUGGCCUUGUAGUCAUGCUGGGGGCACUCUCAUAUGCUGAGCUAGGAACCAUAAUUAAAGAAUCAGGAGGGGACUUUAUCUACAUUCUUCGAAUCUAUGGACAGUUUCCUGCCUUCUUUGUGGCCUUCACCUUCCUACUAGUGGUGAAACCAGCAAGCAUUGCAGCAAUAUCCCUCAGUUUUGCAGAAUAUGCUGUGGCACCUUUCUACCAAGACUGUUCUCCUCCUCAGCUAAUAGUGAAGUGUGCUGCUGUUGCAGCCAUCAUGGUUGUAGCCAUGGCAAACAUCUUGAAUGUACGUUUAGCCAUGAGAAUUCAGGUGGUCUUCUUGGUGGCUAAGCUAUUUGCAUUGAUGGUUAUGGUAAUUGGAGGGAUAGUGAUAAUUGCACAGGGAAAUGUUGCUGUACAACAAAAUGCUUUUGAUGGUACGAACUUGGGUUUGAGCUCCAUAGGGAUGGCUUUUUACCAAGGUCUCUGGUCCUUUGCUGGCUGGUACAACUUGAACUAUGUGACAGAAGAGUUGAAAAGACCCGAGGUAAAUCUGCCCAGGGCAGUUAUAAUUGCCAUCCCCAUGGUAACCAUGCUGUAUCUACUAGUCAAUGUGAGCUACCUGGCUGUCAUGACGCCAAGAGAACUGAUGUCGUCGAAUGCAGUGGCUGUUACCUGGGGGAAUAAGGUGCUCGGGAGCUGGGGAUGGGUGAUGUCUAUCGCAGCCGCUUUGUCUGCUUUCGGCUCCCUGAAUGGAACAUUCUUUAGUGGCGGCCGGGUGUGCUUUGUGGCUGCAAGAGAGGGACACAUGCCUGAUAUUCUGUCCAUGGCCCAUGUGAAUCGACUGACCCCCUCUCCAGCCCUGAUCUUCACCACGGCUAUCUCACUCCUGGUUCUCAUCCCUGGUGACUUUCAGAGCAUUGUCAACUUCUUCAGUUUCACUGCCUGGUUCUUCUAUGCAAUCACUCUGUCUGGGCUCCUCUACCUGAAGAUCAAGAAACCUGAACUUCCCAGGCCAUAUAGGGUGGAACUCAAUGUCCUACUAGAAUGCAGCUUCGUUCUUCACACGGCGGAUUGUGCCUUCUGUGAGAUGUUGGUCAUCGACCCCCAGGGAGAGGCUGUGUAUAGACAGGCUGCAGGAGCUGAGGUCUUCCAGGCUGCAAUGGAGAAUCAUCAGGAGAAUGAACAGCACAGCUGUGUAUGGGGACAUCUUUGUGUACAGUCCAGUCCUGACUUCCACCGGGUCAGAGAUAUGCUCAUUUUCGCCCAAUACAAACAAAGCAAAGACAUUAUGUACGCUCUGGCAAACACUGUCAGGAAGUUUCACCCAGGACAUCCCACCCCUGAGGUCAAAUAGGUGAAAGAGUUCAUGGAUACCAUGUGUUGUUUUAUACCUAACAUACAGAUACAGCUAGAAAUAUGUGUGCUGUGAAUGACAGGUCAGAAAAACUCUCUUGGAGGGGUACCAAGAUGCUGAGAGCCCCAUCCAGAAACGUGUGGCAGCUUAUCUGGUGCUUAUGAAGAGUCCUGACAAUGUGCUGCUUAGCAAGGUGAUCACCAUGCUGAAGGAUGAGCAGGACCCACAGGUCAGGAGCUUUGUGGCCUGCCGCCUUGACAACAUCUGCCACUCUGUUGAUCCCAAAAUGCAACAUUAAGUGACGGUUUUCUACAUGAUAUGUACUUAAGUAAAAAAUACUUUAAAGUACUAUUUAAGUAGUUUUUUGGGGUAUCUGUACUUUACUAUGUAUAUUUUUGACAACUUUUACUUUUACUU